CUCCCCCCCCCGCCGCGUUUGGCCGCGGGUCCACGCGGUAUACUGCGCUCCCGCCCGCACGGCCGCGUCCUCGAGCGACCCCGGAGCCUGCAGGUGACCUCGGGCGGGCCCCACAGAGCCGGUCCGCGCCCUGGCCGGCUGCAGCUGCGAGUCUGGCACUGCAGUGUCUCGGCAGCCCUGGAAGCGGGGCCCAGGCGGGCUCCCGAGCAGGAAUUGUCAAGAAGUCACACCAGUGCCAGAGCUCCUGAGUGACAAGUAUAUAGCAGGGCCACAAAGUGCAAUCCUGUCUUACUGGAAUAACAGAACGGGGCCUUCUGAAAGAAACUGGUUGAAAAGCCUUGAUGUGUAUGCUCCUUUGGAAAAGAGAACGUACAGAAUUAGAGGGGUACCUAAAAUGCUUGACAAGAAUGAAGGCAAAUGCAAAAAUGGCUUGUCCAAGGAAUUUUAAAAGGUGUAGACCUCCUGAUUGAAGAUUUUUUUUAUUUUAUUCCAUUUCACUAGUUAAAUUGCUGCUGUUCUACAGGUGAAAGACAUGAUUACAUUAACAGAACUCAAAUAUUUAGCAGAUGCCCAGUCAUCCUACCACAUAUUAAAACCAUGGUGGGAUGUCUUCUGGUAUUACCUCACUAUGAUAAUGCUGCUAGUUGCUGUACUAGCUGGGGCCCUCCAGCUCACUCAAACCAGAUUGUUGUGUUGUCUUCCUUGCAAGCUAGAAUUUGACAAUCAUUGCGCAGUGCCUUGGGAUUUGGUUAAAACCAACCUUAACAUGUCCUCUAGCUCCGCAGCGCAAAUAAUUGCCCCUCCUAAAAUCCAAACUGAUCUUCAUCGGCAGCAGUAUUCCUACAUUGAUGCAGUGUGUUAUGAGAGACAGCUUCACUGGUUUGCCAAAUUCUUCCCAUAUGUAGUGCUUCUGCAUACUUUCAUAUUUGCAGCUUGCAGUAACUUCUGGCUUUACUACCCUAGCACAAGUUCAAGGCUUGAGCACUUUGUGGCCAUCCUUCACAAGUGUUUUGAUUCUCCAUGGACAACACGUGCCCUCUCAGAAACUGUUGCUGAGCAGUCUGCGAGGAAUCUGCCACUAUCCAAAUCCAAAAUACUGCUUUCAUCACCUGGGAGUUCAGAAGCACGGGCAAGCAGGCAGUCUCUACCAUAUACACAGCCUGGCUUAGAACCAGCUGGAAGAGAGAGUUCCUCAAGCGUUCUAGACAAAAAAGAAGGGGAACAGGCUAAAGCUAUAUUUGAAAAAGUGAAGAAAUUCAGAGUUCAUGUUGAAGAAAAGGAUGUCAUAUAUACAGUGUACAUGAAGCAGAUUAUAGUAAAAGUAAUUGUAUUUGUAAUAAUAAUUAUUUAUGUCCCCUAUUAUUUUACCUUUAUUACGCUUGAAAUCGAUUGUGUCAUCAAUAUUCAAGCCUUUACAGGUUAUAAAAGGUACCAGUGUGUUUACUCACUAGCAGAAAUUUUUCAAGUACUGGCUUCAUUUUAUGUUGUUUUAGUGAUCUGUUAUGGCCUAACUUGCACAUACAGUUUGUGGUGGAUGUUGAGAAGUUCACUUAAGCAAUAUUCUUUUGAGAAGUUGAGAGAGAAGAGUAAUUACAGUGAUAUUCCAGAUGUAAAGAAUGACUUUGCAUUUAUUCUUCACCUGGCAGAUCAGUAUGAUCCUCUUUAUUCACAACGGUUCUCAAUAUUCCUAUCUGAUUUGAGUGAAAACAAACUGAAGCAGAUUAAUCUUAACAAUGAAUGGUCAGCAGAAAAACUGAAAAAUAAGCUAAUAAGAAAUUCCCAGGACAAAAUUGAACUUCAGCUUUUCAUGUUAAAUGGGCUUCCUGACAGUGUCUUUGAACUGACUGAAAUCGAAGUUUUAAGUUUGGAACUUAUUCCUGAAGCCAAGCUUCCUUCAGCAGUGAGUCAGCUACUCAAUCUCAAAGAACUUAACAUUUAUCAUUCUACAUUAACUCUGGAUUACCCGGCACUAAGUUUUCUAGAAGAAAAUCUGAAAACAUUACGUCUAAAAUCCAGUGAAAUAGGAAGGAUUCCACUUUGGGUCUUUCAUCUAAAAAAACUGAAGGAAUUGUGUUUAACAGGAUGUUUUAUGUUGGAUCAUCAAAACACUAUAUACAGUGAAGGUUUUCAAGAGUUAAAGAAUCUGAGAUCUAUUCACUUAAGAAACAACCUUUCCCGUAUACCUCAGGUGGUUACAGACCUCUUGCCUUCUCUGCAAAACUUAUCUAUCAACAAUGAGGGAAAUAAACUUAUAGUACUAAAUAACUUAAAAAAGUUGGUAAAUCUGAGAACCUUGGAAUUGAUUUGUUGCGACUUAGAGCGCAUUCCACAUUCUAUUUUCACCUUAAACAAUCUGCGUGAAUUAGAUUUAAGAGAAAACAAUCUCAGAACGGUGGAAGAAAUAAUUAGUUUUCAACAUCUCAAGAACCUUUCUUGCUUAAAAUUGUGGCACAACACUAUUUCAUAUGUCCCAGUGCAGAUUGGAGCAUUAUCAAACCUGGAGCAAUUGUAUUUAAACUACAACAACAUUAAAAGUGUCCCACUGCAGCUAUUUCUCUGUAGAAAAUUAUACUAUUUGGAUCUUAGCUAUAACAAACUCACCUCCAUUCCUGAAGAAAUCAAAUAUUUGACAAAUCUGCAGUACUUUGCUCUGACAAAAAACCAUAUUGAGAAACUGCCAGAUGGAUUAUUUCAGUGCAAAAAACUACAAUAUUUACUUCUGGGAAAUAACAGCCUGAUGAGUUUGUCCCCUCUUGUUGGUCAGCUGUUGAACCUCAUUCAGCUAGAGCUUGUUGGAAACUACCUUGAAUCACUUCCUGCUGAACUGGAAGAAUGUCAGUUUCUGAAACGGAGCUGUCUAAUUGUGGAAGAGAGCCUGUUAAAAACACUUCCGCUUUGUGUAAGAGAGCGUCUGCAAAUGUGUUUGGAUAAAUAAGAUGAGACUGUGUAUGUCAUCAAAUACUUCAGGCCUUUUACUUAAUAUCUCUGUAAAGAUAGGUUCAGGUGAAAGAUGAGAGAGAAAAGUAGCCUAGUUUACAAUUAAUGCCUAAAACAUAUAUAUAGAUCUGAGUAAUUUUUAUUAAAAAGGAAACAUUUACACAUUUAGUCUUAAGUAAUGUAUAGAUUAGCAGGUAAUUGCAUCUUUGUGAAUAACCUUAAAUGUAAGUUAUUGGGGCUCUCCUGGCUGAUAUGCUUAGGGUAGUAAAUGUUUGUGGGCAUGAGUGUUGCUGUUGAAGAACUGGUUGCCUGGAUGUAGUUUGUGUCUCUUUAUUUUGGGGGAGGCAGAGAAUUUUGUUUCUCUUGAGAACAGCCAUGCUAAACACCUUUGUGUCUCACCAUACUAGGACCAAGAAUUACCCAUAUUACUUUUUUUUUUUCUUCCAAAUAUGAACUCUUUACUGAUUUAGGAGUAGCACAUGUUCAUUUAGGUCUAACGUAUUUAAAUAAAAUAGUUAUUUUUUUCAGUUUCAUGGAGCUUCUUGGAAAUCAUUUUGCAAUUUACAAAAAUUCAUAUUUAAAGUAUAUGGUCAGCACUUGCCCCAGUCUUGUAGCUUUGGGAGAUGCCACUUGAUUUAAUAUAAAAAAUGCUAGGAUGAUUAUUCUCCAUAUCCUCUUGUAAACUACUUCAGUAUUUUGUGUCUUUAAAGUAGGAAAAAACGUGAUGACUAACAAUGUGCCUAGUAAAUGGGAUUAAAAUUUAGUUUGUUCUGAUUUUAUUUCUCUCUCUCUCUCUCUCUCUCUCUCUCUCUCUCUCUCUCUCUCUCUCUCUCUCAAAAGAACCUUGUGUAUUCAAGUGGUAGCUGCUAAUAUAGCAAAAUUAACUUGCUUUGUGUACAUGUUGUUAACUGUGGCAACAAGCAGAUCAUAUUUCUUAGUAUUUAUCUUCAUAGAAAAUUAUGGCAAAUAACAGUUACAAUAUGUUUUGGCAAUCCCAAAUAUUACUAUGGUGUUUUCCCAUUUGCCACUUAUGCAUCCAUUUAUCAGUGCUUCUCUGUCCCUCCAAUUGCUCUGUUUAGUGUGCUGCUGGGUGGGGAAAUCUUGCAUCAAAGAUAAAUGGAUGGGGAAGGAAAGGCACAGUUAAAACCAAGCCACACAGUUCAUAAACACGUAAAAACAAAACUAAACCAAAUGAAACACAAUGCCACUGUAAACUUUCCCCCACUCAGUGAUAUAAUUUCACAAAUUGUGUGAAGGGGACUGAUCUUUUAUAAUCCCAUCCUUUAAUGUUUGUUAAAAUGGAUGGAAAUAAAAUGGAUGCAGAUUUUAUACAUUUUUUUUUCUGUAUACUUUGUUCAAUAAUUAUCUAUUUCUAAGGUUUUAUUCUACUGAAAUUUCUCAUAACAACCAAUAUAUAUAUUUUUGCCUCUGAUAGAUGCAUUUAAAAUUGUUAGCAUGUUUUCAGGAGCAUACAUCAGUAAUACGUUUUAUUUUAUAUGCUUAAAAUUAGAAUAUAAAAUAUGGACUAGUGUUUAUUUUUACGCAAAUAAAAUGCUGAAAAUUUUGAUUAAGUAAUACUCUUGAUGUUGAGUAAACUUACGUUGAUAUUUGUCUUUAAAUCAUCAGAGGAGGAUUAACAUAUACGGUAUAUUUUUUAAAAACUGCUCCCAUUACCAAUAUCAUUGUUCUGGGGCCUAAAAAUUAACUUUUAAAAUUAAUGUAGUGAGAGUCUGGUCUCCUAAACUGAAAUAAAAGGUGUCUCUUUAGUAACUUUCCAAGAGGUUCGUGUUUAUUCCUCAUAUUAAUUCUAUUGCAUAUACCUUUCUAAACAGAAUUUUCUUCUCAGGGAACCAAAAAUGUGUUGCAGCCUAAUGGAUUUUAUGUAUUUUUAAGUCUUUGAUUUUACUAAACAUUUGUAUUAUGAAAUGUUUUGUAUAAACUGAUGAGUCAGAUCUGAAUGCUAAGCAGUAUAGUAUCUUGUAGCUUCCGUCUUCAGUUUUUCCAAUAUUAGUUCAAGAUAUAAUUUUUAUGGCUCAUAAUAUUUCCCGGGUACUUACGUAGUUCAUGAAUAGUGAGCUGGGUCUUGGCAUAUUGCAUCAGAAUAGAACAGCUUGUGCCAUUCUAAUUAAAGUCUUGUUAAUAGUUACAAUAUAAACUAGAUGUGUCAAGGCUCUAGGCUUUGGAAUCAAAUUGUGCAAGAACUUGACUUUGGACCUAGUACAUUUAAAAAAAAAUAAAAAAUUACCCAAGUAGAUUGUUUUUAGAAAUAUUUGUUUGGGUCCAAAGCUUCAUUUCAUUCCUAUGCUGAAAAGCAGUACCGAUACUUAAAAGGUCAUACACAUAUACACAAUAUUUUUUUUAAUAUUUUAAAGCUUUUUUUUUUUUUUAAGCUCUUAAUUUUUCAUGACUGGUGCACUGACAGCAUUACAGUGGCUGUGACCUAUUCAGUAUACAUUUACCCAGAGUUUGUCCUAUUUAAAUGGGAAAUAGAUUAACAGGGAAGUAAUUUUGGCCAUAUGCAGAUGUUCAUUUUUCUACACUCCUGUUUCUAAUGUCCACUCUCUUCGCAGAAACCAGAAGUGUACAGACAUUCCAGCUUUUUCUCCCAGAGCAAAAAAGCCUAUUUGGGUGGAAAAAUAAUCUGACUACAAUUGGUUAGAAAUCCUGGGAGAAUGAAUGUCUGCACACUUUCCUGUGGCUUAACUCCGCCCAGGAACCAGGAGAAAUAGAGCUACGGGGAAAGGCUCCCAUGCCUUCCUGAGAUCGGAUCACCUCUGGAGAAGGUAGGGGGUGGGAGUGGAGGAAAGGUGGCUGCUCCUGCCCCUCCUAUGGACCAGGAGGGGAGGAAAAGAGCAGCUGCUCUGUACCUGCUUUUCACUCCUGGAGCACCCCAAGUGUGAGAAGUGAACAGUGGACUUGGCCCUGCUGCUCCAGUCUCCUGGGAACAGGAGGACUAGAGUGAGCCACACUUUUGACAGCCUAAGAUCACCCUGGUGUCAGGAAGGUGCAGGGGAAAGGAGGUGGCUGCAGACUGAAUGUCUGUACUGCCCCUUCUGGAAUCAUUCCUAGCAGUGGAAAUGUUCCAACACUAGAAAUGAAUAUUUGUACAUGGCCUUAGAAACUUAGCAUACAUUUCUAAAAUGUAUGUAACUAAAAGUAGUUGCGAAAACCAUCUGUAGAAGAACUGCAAAAUUAGAUCCCUAAAUGCUACUGUUUCUGGGCGGAGCCUGUUUAAAAAAACAACAAUAAAAUCAGCACCUGCAUUGCAUAAGUUUUUGGCAUACCUUCUACCUCUUUUAAAGGGGGCAUGAACACCUCACCUUUCAAAAUAAUAUGAAUGUUAUGACACAUCCUGACAAAAGCCAAGAAGCCUAAAGGCUAAUAGCUCUGGCCUUAACUCAGACCGUGGUGUGCCUUUUUGUUUUCCUGUUUUCUAGCUUCGUACUUUUUCCCCAUGGGCAAAUCCAGGAUUGCAGUGGGGGCGGGGGUGACCAUACCCCCUAAAGCUGCAUAGCACAUGUGUAGUGAAAAUUGCUCAUUGUGUAUGUGCCACACACCUGAACAGAGUGUGGGCACAGCCCCUCGCUAUGAUCCUGCAUGCCAGUGCAGUCAGAGCAAAUGGACAUAUUGGUGCAGGUCCUGCCAGAGGUCUGCAUAUUCUGUGAACACUUAGCUCACCAGCAAGGGGGUCUGCUUUCAGCUCCACAGGCUUUUGUUUUUUGCUUUGUGCCCCACACCCCUUGUCCCCUGAAUUCAGCAGUAGGAGAAAGGAAGGGAUGAGCAGUGCAGAGCUCCUGGGCUUUGUGAAAAGCAGGGGCUCUGCUUCAGGCAUCUGCCUCCUUUCCCCAGUUGCUGAAUUUAAGAUGGGAGGUGGUGAAGGGGAAAAACAAACAGCAGCAGGCUUCAUAGGUGUUUGAAAGCAAGAACUCCAUGCCAACCAGCUGGUUAGCUUUUGGAGCUCUCAGCACAUGCUGAGCUCCCAGCAGGAGCUGGGCUGACAUGCCAGAGAGCUCUGAGCUUACUGGGCAUGCAGUGCACAGCCAAGGGAAGGUGCAACUAUACCACUGUACCCCUUCUGGAUCCACCUCUGCUUUUCCCCUGUUGCUGAGCAUUUGAGUAUGGAGUCGGUCAUAUCUCUGAACUUGAGGUUUAUUUUAGCCAUCUCCUUAAUACUGAAUAUUUGUUCAGAAUUAAGAUAUCUUCAAGGAAUCGGUAUUAAUCCAUUCUGCUAUCUACUGUACAACAAGCUGUAGCGACAUCUACCUUAUUUGUAUAAAGCUGAAAACAGCAGAAUGUCUUUUCAGUUUGUUUCAGUACUGUUGUGGUGUUAACAAUUUUUGUAUUAAUUGUGAACUUUCUUUAGUUGAGAAAUAAUUAAAUAUUUUGCAUUACA